UUUAUUAUCUGUGAAAAUGGUGUCUGAAAUUGAAGAUGAAAGUUCAUUUUCGCUUCUCAAGUUUAUAAGUGAUGAGGGACUUGUGGCUUCUCACGAAGAGAAAUUGAGGAGGAAGGAUAUUAUUGACAAGCUUAAAGAGAUACUGAUGAUCUGGAUUAAAAGAGUUGCAUAUCAACGUAGGUUGCCACAUAAUCAUAUUAAAGAUACUUCAGCAACAAUAUUACCACAUGGAUCAUAUGGCCUUGAUGUUUAUGAUGCAGAGUCCAGCAUUGACGUUCUUUGCGUUGGCCCUUCUUUUGCUUCUAUGGAAGAAGACUUUUUCAUAGUUUUGCAAAACAUGCUUCUAGGGAGACCAGAAGUGUCUGGUAUACACUGUGUCAAGGAUGCAAAGAUUCCUUUGUUGCGGUUUACAUUUGAAGAAAUCUUGAUUGACUUGUCAUUUGCUAAAUUCCAAAUUAUAGCUGUUCCCGAGAAUGUGGAUAUACAUGACCCCUUGUUCGUAAAGGAUAUAGAUGAAACAAGCUGGAAUAGUUUGUCUGGAAUACGGGAAAUGAAUAGCAUCCUGCAGCUUGUUCCAGAUGUAAAGAUAUUCAAGGAAUUAUUAACUUGUGUUAAUACAUGGGCAAAGAGGAGAGGAGUGUAUAGUGAACUAUUUGGGUUCUUUGAAGGCAUUCACUUGGCUGUUCUAACCGCCUUUAUUUGUCAAAAGAACCCAAGUGCCAGUUUGGGAAAUCUGCUUUCUAUCUUUUUUAAGACAUUUGCCUUUUGGCCUUGGCCCGAACCAGUUGUUUUACUUGAAGGAACAACAUUGCCACCUCUUCCUCCUGGAACACGGCCAUUGAUGCUUAUUCAGUCGUUAAGCACCCCAGAUGACUUUUGCAGUUUAAACAUGACUAGCACCUUCAACAAGAUCAGAUCUGAGUUUCGUAGAGGAUAUCGUCAGACUGAGGAUCCCUUCAAGCCACAGUUUGAAUGGGGAAACCUCUUUGAGCCAUUCCCUUACUCAAAGAGUUACCUUCGUUAUAUUAAAAUAUGUCUUUCAACUUAUAACAAGGACGAGACUGGGACGUGGGUGAGCUGGGUAAAAUCACGCAUCUGUAGUCUUCUGGCUAAGUUGGAGGAGUUGCAUGCUUUAUGUGAUCCGAACCCUACAGAGUACAUUGACACAAGCAUAGGGGUGCCCAAUGUUGUUUUCUACUGGGGAUUAGUGCCUGGAAGGGGGGAUAAAUUGGACCUAAAUGCUGUAACACAAGACUUCAUGGAAAAACUCGGUAUUGGUUAUCUCAGUAACCGGGGUCGUGUGACUCUAACCAUGGUUCAAUCAUCCCAACUACCUAAACCUUUGCAGCUUGCUAGCAGUUUUAUAAAAGAACUUCUAAAGCCAAACCUUAACCAUCAUCAGGAAAUGAUACCAGUGUGUCCGAUGCAUGCUCCUCAUUAUGUUGGGUACAUGGAAACUAAUGGAAGUCCUUUCGAGCUCUCAAAUGGGGAUAAUUUGAUUGAUUAAAAUUGGGUUUUCCGGACGGUUUCUCUAUGUUGUGCUUCUUGUGGUCUUUUAAAAUGGUAGCAUAGGUGGACAGAAAUUUUUGGGAGGAUACGGUGUGGUGGAAUAUGAUACAAAAUGGAAAACAGAUAUGAUAUAUUGUGUAUAUUCUUGACUCAUUUUCACUACAUGGAAUGAAUACUUUGGCCAAAUUGGUACACCACCA